AUGCCAAAUUUUCAAAAGCCUUUUUCUGGCUCUUCGGAUACCAGUUCUGUAAUGAACGACUUGGGUAAUAAAGUCGCCAUUAAAGUUUUCGACUGUAGAAGUGCCCAGGAUGGCAGUGAAGAACAGAAUGUAAACGUAACGACAAACCAAAUGUAUCUAAUGUUCCAAAGUAACAAUUAUAAUGCACUGCCGCCAAAUUACAAUGCCAACGAUUUGGGUUCUCAGGGAUCUUCUGCACAGGCCUAUUAUGCUCCAUUUCAAGGCCCCGUUCGUCUCCAACCUCCUAUGCCUCCUAUAUAUAAGGACAACGCAUAUUCUGGAGCUGACCAGUACAAUGACUCGUCAUUUGCUAAUAACUCAAGUCAUGCUUCAGUUAUUGAAAACAACUAUUACACGGAUGCAUUGACUUCUAUACCUACAACGACAACGGGUAGUACCACAAUGACAACGGAUAAUGGCAACACAAUUGAUAGUGAAGAUUACAUAGACAACAUGGAAGUCUUCAGUAACGAUGAUAAUGAGAAUAUUGACAAUGUAAGGCAGACUGCGUUGAAAUCUGAGCAAAAUCCAAAUCUUCUUUCAGCAGCUUCGAUUGUCAAAAAAGAACAGCUCUCUGGCUUUGAAAAUCUGCUUCCUUUAUCAAGGACAGAAUCUGGCUUAGUUACUGCUGACGAGAUUAAGUCCUCUUUGAAUUUGGAAAAUAUUGACGAUAGUAACACUGAUCAUAGUGAUAGCAAUAGAACAAAUGGUGACAAUUUAAGCUUCAAGUUAAAAACUUCACCCGUACGGAAACAUUUUCACGUAACACCGAAAAGAAUAACCAGGGUGAGAACUGGUAGGGUUUCCCACAAUAUAAUUGAGAAAAAAUACCGUUCUAAUAUUAAUGAUAAAAUUGAGCAACUAAGGAGAACUGUUCCAACACUACGAGUAGCAUAUAAAAAGUGUAAUGAUCUUCCCAUUACAUCUAGAGACUUAGUAGAUUUAGAUGGUCUAGAACCAGCUACAAAGCUUAAUAAAGCGUCAAUUUUAACAAAAUCUAUUGAAUACAUUUGUCAUUUAGAGAGAAAAUGCUUACAGCUAAGUUUGGCUAAUCAGCACUUUUCAAAUGAUACGCGGGACUCAUUUGUUCAGCUUGCAGAGCCCUCUAAACCUUUAAGUAACAACAGUAGUAGUGAACAAGUACAAAGGGAAGGCAGCAACCGUCAACAACAGCAACAACAACAGCAGCAACAACAACAACCAUUGCAUAAUAUCCAAUAUAAUACUCCACAUCAAAACGGUCUUAUGGCCAGCACUAACCACUCACAUAAUAUGGAUUUUGAGAACACCGGAGGCUUUUAA